AUGCUCGCAGCAGUCAUCUCUUCGUCAGCAGUUAUCCUCAUCAUCUUCAUUCUUCAUCUUUAUGCAAGAUUCAUUCUCCAUCGCCGUAGAGAAGCUAGCAGCUUCCGUGGCCUCUCCGUCGUAUUACGCCACCCUUUGCAAACGCCAAAACGUGGCCUCAACCCAACAGUCAUAGCUUCUCUCCCUACUUUCAUCGUUGGAGCCAGAAGUGACGUUGCGGCCGCUACUGAAUGUGCGGUGUGUCUUAGCGUGUUUGAGGAGCAAGACACGGCGAGAGAGUUGCCGAACUGUAGACAUGUUUUUCAUGUUGAUUGUAUUGACACGUGGCUCACCACUUGCUCUACUUGUCCUGUUUGUCGGAAUGAAGUUCAACCAAGGCUGAGACUUGAGCCUGAGCCAAGAGAAGGACCAGUUGGCGAUGGUGCCUCUGGCUCACCACCGACUGCACCACCGUCGUUGGAGGAAGUCAGGCUGAACUCUUCGUCGGUUUCACGAUUAGACUCGUUUAGGAGAAUCUUAACAAGAGAAAGAUCUUCCAACAGGAUAAAUCAUUCUUGUGUUGGCCAAGAACAUGUAGUGGAACUUGAUAGACACUGA